AUGCAACCACGAAUAAUAGGAUUUGAUUUAGCAAGGGCAUACGCCAUUUUUGGGAUGUUUAUUGUAAAUUUUAAUUUUAGUUUCGGCUCUAUUAUCUCACCCACUGAUGCUGUGGGACACUUUCUUAAUAUUUUUACAGGAAACUCAACAGCAAUUUUUAUUAUUUGUGCUGGAAUGGGGCUGUCGUUAAUGACAAAUAAAAAUAUCUACAGUAAAGAAGAAAAGGCGAAAUUAAAAUCUAUAAUUCUGAAACGUUCUUUGUUCUUAUUCGCAUCAGGACUUUUACUUUACAAUUGGUGGUCUGGCGAUAUUUUGCAUUUUUAUGGUGGCUACAUGCACCUUGCAGCAUUUCUUCUAUUCGCACCGAAGCGCUAUUAUUUAGUUGCUGCUAUUUCAACACUAUUCGUUUUUCAUAUUCUAUUGUGCAUUAUUCCAAUUGAUACCGGUUGGGAUUUUUCUACAUUCAAAUACACAGAUUUUUGGACACCAACUGGAUUUCUAAGAAGUACUUUAUACAAUGGAUGGAAUGCAAUAUUCCCCUGGUUUUCCUAUUUUCUUGUCGGAAUGUGGCUCGGGAAAUUGAAUUGGCAUGACAAACGAAUCAGACUUAUUACGCUUAAUGGUCCAACAAAAUUUUUUCAAUCCAUUUUGGAGUGA